AUGACGCUCAACCGAAGUUACUAUUGCCGGAACGCCCCGCGAUGGAUGCCGCUGCUGCUGGACAUCAUUUUGGUGGUUUUAUCCUUGCUGCUGGACGUGCGUGAUCUAUGGUUUAAGCUGCGAUGGGUGGGACCCCACAACACGUUCUCUUUCUCAACGGUAGAUAUGAAAAUCUUGCCAGCGUCGAACGCUGCACCAUUGCAACCAACCACGUCAUUUUCCUACGCAAACCAGAAGUUACAGCGAGACUCGGGGUGGAGCUCCUUCUUGGAAAGAUGUGAGUCGCUCACGCCCUUACUAGAAGAAGACAAGACGCGUAGCUUUCGCCAUGCUGUCGGAAAGAACUGCCUGAUCGGGGAGAGCACUAACCCGAUUCGAGCCACAGAUAUUGUUCUCAUGAGCAGCAUCAGCGUUGAUUCCGUGGCAUGGGCUGCAUGUGAGCUGUUGUAUAAACACCGCAAGCCACCCAUCUGCCACUCCCCGAUCGUCACCCAGUUUCAAGAGCGCUACAACUUUCAGGACAAACUUGCAACUGACUCCCUGAUAAGCGAAUCCGCAGGAGAACUGCCAAAAGGUACCAUACGAGAGAUAUACGCGGCAGCACCUGGACGUGAUACAGAGACGGAGCUUAUUGAGCUGCUUGAACUGAUCAGCCAAAGCUCACCGAUAUCUGCUACCGUAUGUGUGGAGGGGUUCAUCGUCAAAGGAUCAGGGGCCUAUUCUACAUCGAUAUAUGGAUGUGGAAGUCCCAGCUUUUACCGAAGCGUCCUCAUCGGAAGCGCUGCUCCCAUGAUUUCGCAUUUUUUGCGAGACAAAGCCUGGCUAACGUCAGACAAUCUGGAAUUUAUGGGUAUGACUUUCUUGAUACGUGAAAAUCAUCGUAGUAUGUUCACAAUGCACGACUCAACGAAGGGUAACGGCAAAAGAGUACUGGAGCACAGAUCACUGCUCAAUGUGUCUGCAUCUGGCUCACUGUACAUUAUUAUGGUUUUGGUGGAUCUAGGUUUGCUGGGGUUCUCUAUUUGCAGUGUGGUGGAGAUCUCCCGAUAUAUGUUAUGGGCAUUAUGGAAACCACUAGUUGCUUCUGAGUAUCAGACUUCUUCCGCACGAACGACAAAGUUGGGCUAUGGGGUCGAGGAUUACACUCGAGUUCUUCAAAUUGGUUUGCUGUGGAGCACUCCUAUUGCACUGCUCACAUGUAUCUCCAGGCUGCUGACGUGGAUGCUUGUGAUUCCUAGCGUUCAUCUAUGGAGCGACGGAAUUAUCGGUGGUGGAGGUACACACGCGCUUUUGACAAUGAUUCGAUUCUAUGACCUAGUGAUUCUGUGUGUUAACAUCAUCUGGAAUAUCUUUGUCGCCUUCGAUGAAAAAGGUGCCUUAGCGUUUGUUCGACAUACGUACGUAAGCCCGUUGGAAGUCAUGGCUAUUAGCGCAACUGUCGCUGUCAUUAGCGUUCAUUUGGGAGGAUUACAAAUUUACGGCUUGAUGCGGGACCAGGAUCGCCAGCGCUUAAGUGAUCGUUCCUCCUUUGGAAAUGCUACUGCAAUUGCAAACGCAUUUGUCGUGCGCCAAAACACCACUGUUGCGCCUUUCGACGUCUAUUAUCCGCUGCUUGUUACCAUCGCAAUCGGUGCCCUGGCUGUAGGUGUUUUCACAGUUUUACGAUUUCAUCUUGCGAGCUCAAUGCCCUCUCGAAGCUUGGUGCGUGGCUCUGCGUGUGCAGUCCAACCAAGUACGGCAGAGAGUUCCCUGUCCGCAACUUCCCCUUCCAUUCCUCAGGGCCUAACAAGAAGCAGCGCUGGAAUUUUGAAGCAACCGGUCUCAUCGUCAAGUCUAACACGAGAAGAACUUACGGGUUCAGGUUCAUUACCGACGUCGGUUGAAGCAACACACCUUGACGAAAUAAGCGAAGACCGCCUUCCUGUGGAGAAUAUGAUCGACAAUCCCAUCCGUGCGUGCAGCCUGGUACGGCGUUCGUGGGCGCUAGAAAAGUUAUCCGAUGGUCAGUUGCUUUUACUUCCUGCCUCCUACCUCAAGUACGGAAUCGUUUUACUCGGAAAGUCCAUGAAGACAAGGUGCGGGUUCAUGGAUACCGUCCAGCCACUUGUUCAUUCGCAUGAGCACGAAAAACUAAACGAGUUGGAAAACGAACCGCACCAAAUAAUAGCGAGAAAUGCAAGCAAACCCAAUCUUCGGUAA